AUGGAGAUGUUGGAAUCUGCUCAACGCAGCGCAGCUGAAUCCCAGAUAAGGUUCCGCACUCCAAUUCCACCCAUGCAACCGUUCGAUACUACCCCAGGAGCGGCGUCCAUCCAAGCCUCAGGCCAACAGUCGACGAUCACAGAAAGACCACAAGAUCAUACAGCAGGCCAACAGUCGACCCCGACGACUAAUGGAACUGGUGGAUCAAUCCCAAGGGGAUCAACCCAAACCCAUGGACCCCCGCUGAUAGUCGACAAUCCUAUGGAAAAUGAACAAAUGGGCAUUACAGAUCCAACCCUUCCAACUACUCUGCCAUCUGAUAUUUCUAUUGUUCCAUCUGUAGGAUGGAGCACUACGCUAACACCCGAAGAGAUGAUUGAGCAGCUGGUGGCAAAGAAGCUGGAAGGCAUGGAAGCCAUGAUCCAUAGGAUCCUAGGGGUCCCAGCGCUAAUCCGGAAGAGCUUACCCAGUAGCUUUGCAGACUCUCCAUUCAUGGAUGCCAUAGCACUCGUAGAGAUGCCAAAAAAGUUUGUCUUCCCACUAAUGAAGAUGUACGAUGGAACGACAGAUCCGAAUGAUCACAUAGCAAGCUACAAGCAACGAAUGUUCACAGCCGCCAUCCCUCGCGAACUAUGCGAGGCUUGUAUGUGUAAGGGGUUUGAAUCCAGUUUGGUAGGCCCAACCCUCCAAUGGUAUACGAACCUACCUAAUAACUCUAUCUCUUCAUUUGCUCAAUUAACUGACAUAUUUGUAGAGCAAUUUGCUAACAGUAGGAAGCUGGAGAAGUUAUCUGAUGAUUUUUAUAGGAUCAAACAAAGGAGGGGCAAGUCACUUAGAGACUACACUGCUAGGUUCAAUACGGAGAAAGUAUCCAUCACGUCAUGCAACAUUGAUACAGCGAUUACGGCCUUUUGGAAAGAACUAAUGGUAGAUUCAAACCUUUAUAAAGAACUAACCAAUUAUCCUUGCAGGACCAUGGAAGACGUGCUAGCCAAAGCUUGGGCUCAAAUCAAAUGGGAAGAAGAUGAAUCAAACAGACCUACAUAUUCGCCCUACCCAAAUACAAGAGAAAGCAGAAGCACAAGAAGAAUAGAACGCAGAUAUAGCCCAUACCGCAAAUUGCACCCAACUACCAGAACCAGCAAACCAGGAAGAGAGCCCAGGCACACACUACCAUCCACUAGACCAAGAGAACAAGAGAAAACACCCAUCCCAGAGUAUAAUCUAAAUAUAGACCCAGUGGAGAUCGUAGUGGUAAUGAAAGGGAUGGGAAACAAAGUCAAGUGGCCUGAAAAGAUAAAAAAGCCAGCUGAUAAACGAGAUACCACCAAGUGGUGCGAAUUCCACAAUGAUCAUGGCCAUACGACAGCAGAAUGCAUCGCUCUACGUUUUGAGGUCGCAGGACUUCUCCGCCGAGGUCAACUCAAAGACUUUUUGUCAGACAAAGGAAAAAUCACCAUGACCGGGGGAGAUACCAGACCAACCACGCCACCAAAGCCACCCCAACACACACGGACAUGCAACGUAAUAUCUGAAGGAUCAGAAGUGGGUGGAGUGACAUACUCAGCUUCCAAGAGACAUGCAAGGGAAGUCUCGGGGAUGGACGGAAGACCAAAGAGGCCACCAACAAACUAUACCAGACAAACCAUAAGCUUUGUCGAUGAUGAAGCCUCAGAUUUGCUUAAUCCUCAUCAUGAUGCUUUAGUCAUUUCACUAUUUAUUUCAAACUGUUUAACUAAACAAAUAUUGAUUGACAAUGGAAGUUCAGCUAAUAUCUUAUUUUUACAUGCUCUUAGGGGGAUGGGGAUUGACGAAUCUAUCGUCAUCCGUAAGUCAACCGUACUUGUGGGAUUCAGCGGUGAGCAAAAGCAUUCUGUUGGUGAGGUGACAUUGUAUGUGUAUGCCGAAGGAGUCAAUCUCCAAACCAAAUUUUUAGUAGUCAACUCACCCUCAGCCUACAACACCAUCCUUGGCCGUCCUUGGAUUCACGCAAUGAAAGCAGUCCCAUCUACAUACCAUCAGGUCAUCCGUUUUCCAACUAAGUGGGGAGUGAAGGAGAUCUGUGGAGCACAAAAGACGGCUCGAGAUUGUUAUCAGACUACAUUGAAAGACAAACAAGCCUCAGCAUAG